AUGGCGGACAAACUCACGAGGAUCGCUAUCGUCAAUAGCGACAAAUGUAAACCCAAGAUCUCUGUGCAUUGGAUGCGGUAUCUGCCCAAAGAAAUGCCCCUUCGGAGCGAUCAACAUCAUCAACUUGCCCACCAACUCGAAUCAAUGACCACCCAUCGCUACUCGGCCAACAGUUUCAAACUCCACCGCCUGCCUAUGCCAAGACCCGGUCAGGUCCUCGGCCUCGUUGGCACAAACGGUAUUGGCAAGUCUACCGCCCUCAAAAUUCUCAGCGGCAAGCUCAAGCCCAACCUCGGUCGCUUUGACAAUCCGCCCGACUGGUCCGAAAUCUUGAAAUACUUUCGUGGCUCGGAAUUGCAGAACUACUUCACCAAGGUCCUCGAAGAUAACCUCAAGACCGUCGUCAAGCCUCAAUAUGUUGAUCAGCUUCCGAAGGCGAUCAAGGGCGCGGUUCGAGAUGUCUCACCUUUGAUCGAAUCCCGAAGCCAACUCGGCAACAUGGACCACAUCAUGAAAGUCCUUGAACUGGAGGGCGUUGCGGAUCGUGAAGUAGCUGUUCUCUCUGGUGGUGAGCUGCAGCGGUUUGCUCUGGCCAUCACUUGUGUUCAGAAGGCGGAUGUUUACAUGUUUGAUGAGCCGUCGUCUUACCUCGAUGUCAAGCAACGUCUCGCGGCUGCACGCACAAUCCGUGAACUCCUCACUCACAACAACUACGUUAUAGUGGUUGAACACGAUCUGUCAGUCCUCGACUACCUUUCGGAUUUCAUCUGCGUCCUUUACGGCCGUCCUGCUGUCUACGGUGUUGUCACUCUUCCAGCGUCUGUCCGUGAAGGCAUCAAUAUCUUCUUGGAUGGUCACAUUCCGACCGAGAAUUUGCGCUUCCGAGAGGAGUCGUUGACCUUCAGGCUGGCCGAGGCUGGUGAGGACUACCAAGUCGACAAGGCACGCGGUUUCCAGUAUCCCAAGAUGGCGAAAACGCUUGGAGGCUUCCACCUCGAGAUCGAAAGUGGCUCUUUCACCGAUUCCGAGAUCAUUGUCAUGAUGGGUGAGAACGGAACCGGCAAAACCACAUUUUGCAAGUUGCUUGCAGGUGCAGAGAAACCCGACGGUACUCAGAAGGUGCCGGCUAUGCAUAUCAGCAUGAAGCCGCAAAAGAUCACGCCAAAAUUCCAAGGCACAGUUCGCCAGCUCUUCUUCAAGCGCAUUAAGGCUGCGUUCCUCAAUGCUCAGUUUCAGACUGAUGUCUACAAACCACUCAAGAUCGACGACUUCAUCGACCAAGAAGUCCAGAACCUGUCUGGCGGUGAAUUGCAGCGUGUCGCCAUCGUCUUGGCACUUGGCUUGCCUGCCGACAUCUACCUAAUCGACGAGCCUUCUGCCUAUCUCGAUUCCGAGCAGCGUAUCAUCGCGGCUCGUGUCAUCAAGCGCUUCAUCAUGCACAACAAGAAGACCGCCUUCAUUGUCGAGCACGAUUUCAUCAUGGCCACCUACCUCGCUGAUCGCGUCAUUGUAUUCGACGGCGAGCCAUCGAAGAAUGCUCGAGCCAACCCACCAGAGUCCCUGCUCACCGGCUGCAAUCGCUUCCUCAAGAGUCUGGAUGUCACCUUCCGCCGUGACCCCAAUACUUAUCGCCCGCGUAUCAACAAGGACAAGUCUCAGCUCGACCAAGAGCAGAAGUUGGCUGGUAAUUACUUCUUCCUGGAGGAAGAAAAGAGUUGA